AUGAUCGACGCAUCGUUUCUGUUCAAUUUGGACGAUGGACCGUGUUUGGACAAACUCGCGGUUGGGCAGCAGUUGAGUUUAUGGCUGGAGAAUUGUUCAACAGUGAAUGGGGUGAAUUCGUUGGGAUUGCUGGAAGAUGAACGACAAUUCCAUCUGAAAAUGUGUCGAUUGGCCAGGAAAACGCAAAAUUUGAGAUUGGCUGAUAGACAGUUGAAAUUAUUUGUGAGCAAACAACAGCAACAACAACAAAUGCAACAGAGACAGAGGACGUAUACUAACGGAUUGUUGUUACAAGUUAGUUAG